CUGCAGUCUAAUCAAUCGGAACUAAAAUGGAACAGUUUUACUUGUGCCGAGGGUAUGUACCGUCUUAAUGUAUUUGUUAUUGUAAUUAUAAUAUUUGUUACAGUUGCGUGGUUUGGUUAGCGAAUUCUUCAGUAUUGAACGGUUUUUAGAAGUUUGCUGCACAAUCAUUUUUAGUUUUUGGAAAAAUCAUAUUUACAAAAUUAUAUUUUUAAAAGUUUUCAUGAGUUUCAUUCGAUUUGAUUUUAUCCUAACAAACAAAUUUAAUGCUUCUUUAAAUGUUGUUUGAUGUAAAUUUUAAUUAUUUUUGAACACAUUUAUGACAUUUAAAUACAUAAUGUCGAUAGCUAAAUUACCGGUUAUGCAGAGCCAAUAUAUGCAUCUCUUGUUAUAAUAACUAAAUCGAUUCAAUUCAUCUGUCUAAAACGAUUAAUAAGAAAUCACUGUCACAACAUUUCUGCCAACAUGCCGCGUUAUACGGCGAGAUAGAAACUGAAGAAAGUCAUGAAAUAUGUGUACGGAUUGUCUUCAACAUCUUUGUCAUAUCUUUUUGGCGAAAUGCGCAAGUAUAUUACGUAACCUGACAAAUAGCUUCGACAUUAAAUCAAAAUUUUGAGCUAUUGCGGAUUUGCAAGAGUUUAAAGGCUUGUGUGCGAUUUUUCAUAUUAGUGGUGCAAUAAGUUACGACAUGAGCAUUGGUUGAGUACGACGUAGUACUAGUUAUGAUUACCACCGAUGAGUGAUGAGGCGUUGGCGAACAAAAUCAAGUGUCUGCUUGGUUCAGAAGUAUUGAAUGAAUCACUCGUUAUAUUUCAAUUCUGGCAACUUAUGGAUGCCUUGAGGCGCUGUAUUGCGUUACACCCGGAUAGGUUCACCGAAGAGGAGAGGGAGCAUGACGUGUGCGAGUGUUUAGAGGGAAAAGGAUGUUUUGUUCAACACGGCUUUUUUUUUUAAAGCUAUUGAUUUAAAAACUGACUGUCCAACAUGUAAAAGCAAGCUGGAAAAAAUCAAAGACCUUGCCCUAGGUGAGGAUGUCCAAGGAGACAGACCAGAGUUUGGUAGAAUACGUUUUUUUGAAAGCGUGACAUGUACGCCUAUCACGAACAUGUUUGACGGGAAUUACAUGAAUCAGGUGCAGGGAGUCGAGCGACAGCUUCGGAACGGAGAUCCUAUUAGUACACGGGACACACAGCAGUUCCUGCAGAGCUCUAUCAACAUACUGCAAACCAUAGCGGAUCAGCCAGGGUUACCAAUUGAAAUACAGGGAAAGUUACGUAGAAACACGGAGUUUCUGCUCUGGCUGAAAAAUGUCGACCUUGAUGUAUUAGUGUUUAAGGAGGCGAAUCUCCAAGUGAGAAACCGUCAACGGAAGGAGCUCAGGGACAUGUUCCAUGUCAUUAUCAACCCGAAUCUUGGUCUCAAGAGUUUAUGGAUGGAGUGCACGUGCUGUUAGAGCGCAAAUGAAGACAUAAUUAUCCAUAUAUAUUUGUGUUUGAUUUUGAUUAAUUUUCCUGCUCUUUUGAUGGGAUUUACGCAAUAGAAAUUGUAAAUUGUCUAAUUCACCAGGAUGUUACCGUCGCCGGUUGGGCAAAACAUUGCAAGAUACGUUUGGAAUGUUCUUGACAGGGAAGGAAACUUGUUUGUUUUUCAAAAUGAAAACACAAAUCAAAUAGAAAGAUCAGUUCCACUGUUUUAGAAAUUUAAUCCACUUUUUUCCGUCCACUUGUUUAACGGCCGCGAAAAAUAGGUGUUUAACAAACAUUUUGUUUAUAGAUAUACCUUUCGGUGGUAUUAGCAUUUCUUUUCAAAUGUUUUGUAAGGAUCAAGUGAAAUGUGUCAACAAUAAUUGACAAUACCUCUUGAUUGUUGUAUAGAAAUAUGCUUAUGUAGUGUGUGUGGAUUUGAACAAGCGGCCCGGUUAAUUCAGUUGGUUAGAGCGUUUUGCUAGUUUUCCGGCGGUCGUGGGUCGAGCCUCUCACCGGCCGCACUUUUGCUCCCCGGGUUACUUUUAUUGUGGAAGCGGUAAACGGUAGGAGUGCCGCCGUCGGUCUGAAUGGUUGAUGGCGGGAGGAGUAGUGUGUGGGGGUUAGAACCAGCCACCCGGUUAACUCAGUUGGUUAGAGCUCCGUGAAAGUGUUCCGGCGGUCGUGGUUUCGAGCCCCACACAAGGCGCACUCCUUCUCCCAGGCUUACUUUAUAAUUGUUUUUGUGUUUACAUUAAGAUAUAUUGUUUAUAAUUUAGGAAGUUACAACCAGAUAUAUAUAGUAUAUAAACAUGUUUUAUCACAAAUGACACUAUACAUUAGCAGGAGCAUGAUUUGCUGAUACAUAUGCCGAAUUUAAUCGAUGGUUAGUUAGUUUGUGUCUGAUGUACAACUUAUUUUACUUUUUCAUAUUAAUAGCUGAUGUUUGUGUUCUUAACUGAGUUGAAUGUCGAUCCAAAUGCCGACUUUUGCUUUAUUGUUUGUUAUAAUAACGUAAUGUUAAUGCUGAUGUUGCCUGUUGUUAAUUCAUGUUAAUGUUAUUGAAACUGGCGGAUUUUGCUGCGUAGAGGACUUUUUCGGUUUAACUAAAUACAUGUUAAAUGCAACAAACCAUAAACGUAACCGUAUUACCAUAGUGACUGAGUUUUACUUAUUACGCGGUAAUGCUUUUUAACGUUUUGAUGAUGCUUUAUGUAUAAAACGAAAACAAAUACACUUAUCAAUAUGGUACGUAUAUUACAAUAUCAUUACGUUAUGUCUUAUUUCUUCAUAUUUUCACUGAUGUUGUUUGAAAAAAUCGUUUGUGCUUGUGUUUGUUCACUGUUUUAUUUGAUGCUAAUUAAAAAGUGUUUUAUUGUUAUGUGAUAUCACGUGCAUAUUAUAUGCCAUGAUGAAUAUAAAACUUGAAACUUGUCUUAUCACCAUUCCAACGACCCAAGGCAUAACAAAAUGAUUGCUUUAUGCCCAUGUGUAUGGUACUUUGCAUACUAUUUGUUGUAAACUUUUGUGUAUGUUCUUUUGCAAUAAACAUAGCUUAGUUGA